CCACAAAAAAAUCCUCUUCCCCACAGCUAUAAUAUCUCUCCACGUCUCCCCUUUUUCCAAAUCCACAUCUUCUUCAACAACUCAAAAAAUUCAAAUCAAAUCACCACCGACGCCUCAAGAAACCCCACUCUGAGAUCUCUCUCAGAAGCUCAUCAUUCAACAAUGGUGCAAAAAGAGAUGGACGUCAUGAAGGACGUCGACCUUAAGAGGUAUAUGGGCCGGUGGUACGAAAUAGCUUCAUUUCCAUCUAGGUUUCAGCCCAAAAAUGGAGCUAAUACCAGAGCGACCUACACCCUGAGAGACGAACGGACGGUGAAUGUCCUAAAUGAGACCUGGGUUGAUGGUAAGAGGGGUUUUAUUGAAGGUACUGCUGUUAAAGCUAAUCCUGAUAGUGAUGAAGCCAAGCUCAAAGUUAAAUUCUAUGUUCCUCCAUUCAUGCCUGUCAUUCCUGUUGUUGGAGAUUACUGGGUUUUGUAUCUUGAUCAUGAUUAUCACCAUGCUUUGAUUGGCCAGCCUAGCAGAAACUAUCUAUGGAUAUUGUGCAGGCAGAAUCAUUUGGAUGAGGAGAUAUAUAAUCAAUUGGUGGAGAAAGCUAAGGAACAGGGUUAUGAUGUGAGCAAGCUUCGUAGGACAACACACACUGAUCCUCCACCAGAAGGAGAUGAAGGUCCCAAAGAUACUAAAGGAAUAUGGUGGAUCAAAUCAAUCUUUGGAAAAUGAUCAAGGUUUGAAGAAAAGUUAAUUGAAUUUUGUACCUUUGAGUUCAAUGGUUUUGGUAGAUUUCCCCAAUUUGUUUUGUGUCCAGUGAAGAUUUAUGCUUGGUUUUGUCGAAUGGUUGAAAUGAAUCCUUUGUGCUAUUUGUAUAGUCGUCCAAAUAUUGUAUUUGCUGAAUAAUUUCUGAUGAAACUGCUCUGGGGUUUUGAGCUGUCAACAUUUUAAUUUUAAA